UAUUUUGACCUCACUGGGCCACCGUAGUUACGUAUGAAGUUACAGGCGCGUUCCUUCAGUUUUGCUCAUGAAUGCUAAGCUAGCACCUGUGACUCUUUCAGUAAUUUGGAGUCGGUAAAACUGUUUCUGUUUCAAUGGAGAGUAUAAAUGCUAAAUACGUGUCCCAGAAAAUCAGUAAAACCAGAUGGCGUCCAGUUUCUCAUUCGUCUUUACAGCAAGCGGAUAUCUUUGCAACCGGCUCGUGGGAUAACGAGGACAACAAGAUCUCCCUUUGGUCCAUUGGGAAUCAUGGAAGUACUGACAUGGAUAAUGGGUUUGAGGGAGACCCACAGCUUUUAUGUGAACACAAACACGAUGGAGAUGUCCUGGACCUCCAAUUUUUGGACCAAGACAGAAUUGUUACAGCAUCAUCAACUGGAGCAGUCACCAUCUUCCGCCACCACCAAAACAGUCAGACAAUGUCAGUGUCUCAGCGCUGGGAAAGAGCGCAUCGUUAUCCCUGUGACAACGCUCCCUGUACUGGUGUUGUAUGCAGCAGUCCUGAGAUUGUUUCAGUUGGUGAAGAUGGCAGGAUCAUUGUUUUCAGAAGUGACCAUGAGGGAGUGGUAAGAGUCAUAGAGAACGCAGACAGCAGCACAAUUCACGCUGUGACUUACCUACGGACGACAGAGAUUCUGACGGUGAACUCUAUCGGCCAACUCAAGCUGUGGGACUUCAGACAACAGAGCAACUCACCGUCUCAGAUUCUUUCCCUGUCAGGAGAUCGAGUCCCUUUGCACUGUGUGGACAGACAUCCAAACCAGCAGCACAUUGUGGCCACAGGAGGGCAGGAUGGCAUGCUGUGUGUGUGGGACGUGAGACAAGGCAACUCACCCUUCUCACUCAUGGAGGCACACUCUGCAGAAAUGUGGGAAGUCCAAUUUCACCCGAGCAACCCAGAUCAUCUCUUCACAUGUUCAGAGGACGGCUCACUGCUGCACUGGGAGACAUCUUCACAGUCUGAGAUGCCCUCUUUUUUACAAGGUGGUAGGAACAGCAGCAUGAUAUCCCGCAGUGCGAUGGCCCCUGCUGGAGGAAACCAGUCCCUGAUCAGCGCCUGGCUCAGCGGAGACUCCAGUAAAGGUCGUCUAGAGACGACUCACAUGCUGCCCAGCCAGACACUGUCUGUCAACAGUUUGGAUGUACUUGGACAAUGUCUUGUCUGUGGGACGGACGGGGAAGCUAUCUUUGUCAACAGACAGGUCCCAGUUUAAAAGAGUGCACAGAGCAAGAAGUGCACAAAGAUGUCUAUUGUCAUUUUCCGUCACAACAGAGGUUUCAUCAUCAUCUUUGAUCACACAGGGUGCCUGAAAUGAAAGUUUGCUUGUGACAAUUUCACUUUACUUGUGUAUUUGUCUGUUGCAUACACACCAUAUUUGGGCAUCUCUGUUGCAUUGAUGGAUCAUCAUGAUUUGAGGAUUUUGUAAGUAGUUUCAAGCAAAAUAUUUCAUCCCAGCAGUGUCGAUUAAAACUUUACAAAAUAAAGUGAUUCAAAAAACC